AUGAACCAAAAGCAGGCUACUAGCUUGUAUUCCCAAAUAUUUAACCCAUUGAUACCAAAGGACUAUGACUUCUUUAAGACCCUAUGUUAUACAUCGUUGGAAAGAGAAUCGUUGUCGUCAAUUUUAAGUUCAAAUGAGAAUUUAUUGACUUCUGGAAGUCAAUUUAGUCACUCAAUGGUUCAAAUAUUUGCUAGUGGAGUAAGAGUUCUAGAAGAUUUGAUAAGAAAUGAAGAAACUAGUGGUUCAGGGCUACAUAAGCUGCGAAGCUUGGCUGAAAACAAUGUUGAUAAUGCUGGAAUAAUACAUAAUACAACUUCUCGCGAUCCUUCAACGUCAAAUGCAGACAUGCAAACAUAUCAGUCGAGUGACUUAGAGGAGGCCAAUGAUCUUACUGAACUUGCAUCGGAAUCUGGACGACGAAGCAGCAGUAUCAGUGUUAAUCUGCAUUCCAUGCUGCGCUUGUCUAGCUUAGAUGCUAUAAGUGAGAAUCGAGCUCACGAAUAUGAAGGGGGCCAAGCCCUCUUAAAUGCCCUUGAAGUGAUGCGUAUCUGGUUUAUGAGCAUAUCUAAAAUGAAUGAAAGAUCACUCAAAAAGAAAAAUACAUUUGGGGAGCACUCAAAUAAUGAUUUGAUUCCCAUAUUAUUUGAAGUCUCAAAACAAUCGCCAGGUUUAAACGAAAAAUACUUUUUUGAUUUCCUAGCAGCAUUGAAGUUAUUCUUAAAGACAUCUCUUGUUAGCAUUCAAGAUUCUAAACCAAAUUUCACUUCAAAUCUCAAGGCAAUGAAGGCUAUUAUCUUUUUGUUGGUCGAUGUUUUGAGCUCAUUAUUUUCCUCAUUUUUAUUUCAGGAAAUAGACGCAGUACCAGUUGCUACCAAGGCUCUUUUAUUCCUGUUUUUCCUGGUUGACUUUUCCGAUAUUUUUGACUCUUUACUAAGAGUAACAUCUCCCACGUUUGACCAGAAUGCAGUUGUCUAUAAAUCCCCAAAAGUCAAUUUAUCAUUCGAUACUUUGAUGAAAGUUUAUCGAAUAAUAGGGAUUCUCUCCAAUACAUCGAGUAAAAUACUACCUAUUGUUCCAUCAACAUUAUCUUCAGAUAUCACGAGUAUCUCUGAAUCACUUAAUGCCUAUGACCAAUACUUUUCAAGAAUAAAGAAAAUUGACCGUUACACAUUUGACUUAGAGAUAUCGCUGAAAAUGUUACCCAUACUUGCAAUUGAUUUUAAGUACUGCUACUUGUUUAAGCCUGACUUACUCGAGCAUCGUAUCAGAAGUGCGUCAUUCGCCAACUGGCUUACGGCUAAUUUGUUCAAUGGAAGUAAUUAUAUGCGAUAUCAGACUAUUAAUCGAAUAGUGGAUUUUCAUAAAAAUUAUAAAGCAUUUACAUAUUCAAAAGAUACGGAUGAUCCUUAUUUGGCGGAAUUGGAGAAAAUUCAGCUAUCAAGAAUGACUUCUGUCGCUCAGAGGCUGGAAGAUGAUAAUAUAGAAACUAGUGACAUGUUACCGAUUGCGUUUAUACUUUUUACUUACUCAAGAAGUCUGUCUUUCCUUCAAGCAUUGAUAAGUGAACAGCUGUUGAACUUGCUGAAGCUGCCCAAUUCGACUCCUAUCAAAUUAUUGGAGAUUUGGCUCUCCACGCUUUCUUAUAUUUUUCAAUAUCAAUACAGAACAGUCAACUUACAAGCCGUUGCUAAACUACUGUUAGCAAUUUUGGUGAAGCUUACAUCCAACAAAUCAAUUACAAAGGAUUCUAAAUAUGUCCCAAUUAAAGCAUUAAAAAAGUGUCAAAUUGAUGAAAAUAUCUGGAAAUUAUCGCAUCAAAAAUCACCAAUAAUACCCUUGAGCCCCAGUGGUGGUAGGAAAUCUCAUCUUUUUUAUAUUUUAGACACUUUACAGAAUCUUAUCAGGUUCAAUUUAACAAAACGAUUGGAAAUCGAUAAUUACAAUCUAUGUUUUAGCAUAAUUUUUCAAAUCUUGAAAGAGUUUCUAGAGGACAAAGAAUUUGACAUAUCGAAUUAUGCCUGGUCGGAAUUUAGCAAAUCUGUUGUGAUGGUUCUAGUUUUUGUUAAAAAACAAAACAUUUUGAAUUCAAAAUAUUUGAAGGCAACGAAUAAUUACGCCUCUUUAAUGGCAUUAAUUGAGGAAAUAUUAAUUGUAAUAAAUAUCCUUUUGAUGAAGAGAUUCUGCUCGGUAGAAUCCAAAGAGGAAGGAUCGACUGAUCAAAAGUCAAUAAUUUAUGAUUUGAUUUAUAAUAUACUUUUGAAUUAUGAUCUUUUUGAUAACAUUUUAAUUGAGUACGAUUUAGAAGAUCUGCCUAACUUGAAACGACUAAACGAAUGUAUCACUUAUCUAGACAGUCAAUUUCACUUCGAAUCUUCUUUGGCUCAUGGUACCAAAUCUAAACGCGAUCUACAGGACGUAGAGUAUGAUUCUCCAGUCCUCAUUAAUACUAUUUCAAAUUUCACCGCAGAGCCUAACAAUCAGUUGUUUAACGAAUUGAAACAUAAGUACAAGUUCAAGAAUACGUUCCGAUACCUUGAUAUGAAUUACGAUGAAGCCUUCUUUGACGAUUCUUACUUGGUGAAAAUAUUUUAUAUUAUGUCAAAAGAUACUUUAUAG